GUCUCUACUGAAUGUUUACAGAAUAAUAACCCCAAAUCAACAAAUAUCUAAUGCCCCAUUGAUAGUCACAACAUUACUGUGGGUCCCACACAUGUCAAAGGUUAACUUCACCUGAUUUUACUAUUGCCACUUCACAGCAUUUCUCUACAAAACAUUUGGAGACAUUUCAAGCCUGAACAGGUUCAAAGUCCCCCAACUCUACCUCUACCUCCACCCACUGCCACACCGGUUAGCUGAUUAGGUGAUAAGCGACAGCUCAGUUCAUGUGAACUCUGUGAAACGUCUGAUCGCAGCUGCACAGGACUUCUCAAUCAGCUUCCUGGAGAAGGUGCCUCCUCCUCGCACAGGUACUGAGCAAUGGUUCGACGCGUGGCCGUGGUUGGAGCGGGCAGUUCUGGUCUGGCUUGUAUUAAGAUCUGUGUUGACGAGGGCCUGGAACCCAUCUGCUUUGAAAGCAGUGAUGACAUUGGCGGCCUGUGGAAAUUUAAGGAGUCACCCGAGCAGGAGAGAUCCAGCAUCUAUCGCUCCCUGGUGACCAACACCUCCAAAGAGAUGAUGUGCUUCAGUGAUUUUCCCAUGCCGCCGGACUAUCCAAACUACUUGCACAACACCCAGCUAAUGCAGUACUUCAGACUAUAUGCUGAACACUUUGGCCUGCACAGAUACAUCAAUUUCCAGACAACAGUAAGGAGUGUCACACAAAGGCCAGAUUUCUCUCUGUCCGGUCAGUGGGACGUAGUGACCGUUAACAGGAAUGGAGAGGAAGAGAAACACGUCUUUGAUGCAGUUCUGGUGUGUUCAGGCCACUACAUCCAUCCGGCUUUACCCCUGUCAGACUUUCCAGGACAUGAGAUGUUCUCUGGCAGGUGUUUUCACAGCUGGGAAUAUAAAGAUGCAGAUGCCUGCAGAGGGAAGAGAGUGGUGGUGGUUGGAAUUGGCAAUUCUGGAGGAGAUAUUGCAGUCGAGAUUAGUAGAUCUGCCAAGAAGACAUUUCUCAGCACACGCGAAGGCGCCUGGGUGAUCGGCAGGAUGUCCGAUAACGGUCUUCCUCUGGACAUGACGGCUAUCAACAGGCUCAACAAUGUACUCAUGUCACUCCUUCCCCAGAGUCUGACCAACUGGUCGGCAGAGAGAGCAGUGAACCAAAAAUAUGACCACAAAUUGUAUUGCCUGCGGCCCAGACACAGACUUUUGGACAAGAGGCCUUUGAUCAACGAUGACAUUCCUGGUCAAAUCCUUCAUGGAGCGCUCGUACUGAAACCCAAUCUGAAAAGCUUCAAGGACUCUGGAGUUGUAUUCGAAGAUGGCACUGUGGAGGAGGACAUUGAUGCUGUAGUUUUCUGUACAGGUUAUCAUGUAAACUUUCCAUUCCUGCCUCCAGCUCUGUCCGAUGGGCCUCAAGGAGAGCUGACGUUAUACAAGAGACUGUUUCCUCCUUCUCUGUUACAACCCACGCUGGCUGUCAUGGGUCUUUUCCAGACAAAAGGACCAAUCAUGCCCAUUGUGGAAAUGCAGGCACGGUGGGCUGCUAAGGUUUUUACCGGUUUGAGCCGUCUUCCAUCUAAGGAGGAAAUGCUGGAAGUCAUGAAGUCUGACAUGAAGAGGAAAAUGAAAAGCUAUCCCUGCCCACGCCAGGCUGUUCUCCAGGUGGAUUACAUCCCUUACCUGGAUUUCAUGGCUGAUAAGGUAGGAGUUCGGCCAAACUUCCUGACGCUUCUUCUGAGAGAUCCUGUGCUCUGGUGGAAGGUCAUCUUCGGUCCCUGCACUCCAUAUCAGUAUCGUCUCACUGGGCCCGGUCAGUGGGCCGGAGCCCGUCAGGCUAUCCUCACUCAGUGGGAACGAGUGACUCAGCCUUUCAGGACCAGAGUGGUACCAGAACCAGACAGCGGGCCGUCUUUCCUGUUUUCUCGGUGGCUGCUCAUGUUAGGAGGAGCUGUUGUAACGGCUGUGCUCAUGUCUAAAAAUGAGACGUUUCCAGUGCCACAGGGUGCAGCUCGGAUUCUGGACAGAUGCAAGAUUUUCUGGAGGGACUCCUGGUUCACUGGUUAAUCCGAAUAAAAGGAUAAAAUCUGGGUCCAGUUUGUGAAAUCCCAUGUUGCAUUAUGAUGUAAAAUGUAACAAUAGACGAUUUUAAUUAUUUAUUAAGGAGAUAGAAGAGAAGAACCUUGGUUACUUACAGUCUUUAAAGAGUGUAAAUAACCAAUGUUCUCAACACAAAAUCGGAUAAUAGCGAAUGCAAAACAACACCUUUUUGUAUGUUCUGUGAAAAUAUACCCCAGGCUCCCCAGCCAUAAUUACAAAAUGAAUUAAAUUGAUUUUUUUGGAGCAAGUUUAUAAUUUCAUGUCAUACAUGUCAUAAACUUGGGUCAAGGAACACGUUAUAAACAAUCACAUGGUUCAGACAAAACGAGACUCACUCAGAAAGCAGUCAUGAAACAUGAAUCCAGCAUGUGCAAAUUAAGAGGAACGCCUUAGCAUAGGCUUGUGGUUGGUUAAAGAAGAAAUGCUCCUCUACAGAAACCCUGUCUCUGUGACUAGACAGCACCAUCUUGUGGCUUCUUUUGUGUUACUUUAACUCAGAAACUCACCCAUCAUGAUUCAGCUUUCCAUCCAGGUGGUCAGACCAGUGACACCACCUCGAGUCUAAAUCAAAUUUUUUGGGUGCUU